AUGUUUGGUUAUAUGAAACAUGUCGGGCAAGAGUGGAACGAAAAGAUGAGAGAAUCUCCAAAGGUUGUUGGGGCUAGUGUCGGUAUUAUCACACCACUAGUUGUUCUUCUUAUGUUCAGCGAAUCUCUCCGUUCCGUUGUACAAUUCUGCUGGCAGUGCUUUUUCAAACCGUUUACGUCAGUGACAAGCAACAAUAAUCAGCAAGAAAACUUAGAACAAUUCUAUAAAUCCCAAGCCAAACUCUACGAUCGUACAAGGGGUGUUUUACUCCAAGGUCGUGAAACAAGCCUUAAAUUAUCUCUUUCUCACCUCUCUGAAAAGAAAGGUAAUGUCUGGAUUGAUGUCGGGGGUGGGACUGGUUUCAAUAUCUCCCAAAUGGCGCUUUUAACAAACUUGGAUACAACGUUUGACAAAAUUUACUUGAUUGAUCUCUCUCCAUCGCUAUGUGAGGUUGCAAGAAAACGUUGUAAAGAGCAUGGAUGGAAAAAUGUGGAAGUGAUCUGUGGAGAUGCUUGCGAUUUUGAAAUACCAGAGGAAUCAGCUCAGUUGAUCACAUUUUCUUAUUCAUUGAGCAUGAUACCAAGUUUCUAUGCGGCCAUUGAUCACGCAGUAUCUUUAUUGGAUGCUAAGAAUGGUAUCAUUUCGUGUGUUGAUUUUGGUGUCACUAAUGAAUCUAUGCUAGUCGGAAGAACCAACACUUUGGGUGGUCUAGUUAACAGACAUAUACCUUGGCUAUUCCGUACAUUCUGGAGAUUGUGGUUUGAAUUCGACAAAGUGUUUUUGGAUCCAGCUAGAAGAGAAUAUCUUGAAUAUAGAUUCGGGACAAUCAAAUCAUUGAAUUGUUAUAACUACAAGCUUGGUAAAAUUCCCUACUACAUUUGGUUGGGUUGCAAUAAAGACCACGAACAACAUCUUCAAGCUAGAUUUGUUGAACUUGCACCAACAUCUCCAUACCUCGCACCUAUAACCACGUCAGCUUCCUCUAACGCUCAGCCAAUGACCAAAGCUAUGAUUGCAGCACUAGAAAAUUCUAAAAAAGGUUUACCAUAUCCUUCUCUGUUCUAUCAAAAGGAGCAUUGGAGAGUGUACUAUGAUGAAGUGAACCCUGAGUACAGCCAAUUUAAGAACAGUUAUAUAUACGCAUUCACAUGGGAAGAUCCUAGAGAAGAUGUUAACAUUCUUAAUAUUCAACCAGAAGAUACCAUUUUGGCUAUUACCAGUGCUGGUGAUAAUAUUUUGCACUAUGCCACUUUGCCUAAUCCACCGAAGAGAAUUCAUGGGGUGGAUUUAAAUCCAUGUCAAGGACAUUUGACAGAAUUAAAAUUAGCAGCGAUUAGAAGCUUGAGUUUCACACAGUUGUGGCAAAUGUUUGGUGAAGGUAAGAUUGAUAGAUUCAACAAUAUUUUACUGAAUAAAUUGGCGCCAUAUCUUUCAUCAAACGCAUUUCAAUACUGGUUCGAAAAUGGAACGAAAACAUUUGAUCCUAAUGGAGCCGGGUUGUAUGACACUGGGUUCACAAAGUGGGCAUUAAGACUUGCAAAAUGGGUAUUCAAAGUUGCAAAUCUUACAGAUGAAGUUAAUAUGCUAUGCAAAGCUAAGACCCUAGAGGAGCAAAGAUCUAUUUGGGAUAAAAAGAUAAAGCCGGUCCUUUUCAACAGAGUAGUGGGUAAAAUCCUCGUUGGAAACCCGUUAUUUUUAUGGAGUGCACUUGGAGUACCACGUAAUCAAGCAAAAAUGAUGGGCUCUUCAACAUUGCAAUAUAUUAUUGACACUUUGGACCCUGUUAUUGAUAAUUCUUUGAUUUCCGAUGAUAAUUACUUUUAUUAUUUGACAUUGAAGGGAAGAUAUUCGAGUAGAAGUUGUCCUGAUUACCUAAAAGAGGGUGGAUUCAAGUCUCUUUCUCGUGAAAGUCCUGAAUCUCCUCUAGAUAGAGUUAGACUUCAUACUGACACGUUGAAGGAUGUCUGUGAGCGUUUGUCGAAGAAAACAGUUUCGAUUGCUAUAAUUAUGGAUCACAUGGAUUGGUUUGAUCCACAAGGAACUGAUGUUGACGAAGAAAUUCAGGCUUUGUGGUUGGCCCUCAACUCUCGCGGUAGGGUAUUAUUGAGAUCUGCCUCUAAAAGCCCAUGGUAUAUCAAAAACUUCGAAAAGUUCGGCUUCAGUUGUAAAGCAGUAAGUGCAAGAUACCCUGGAAAAUGUAUUGAUAGAGUUAACAUGUAUGCCAGUACCUGGGUUUGUCAAAAAAUCUCCACGGCAUCUCAGAGCAACAACCGUAGAUUAAGUUCUCUCGAUUUGGAGAAUAAUUAA